AUGAAGUCAUACGUCUCUGCGAAAGAUUCAGAGACCCUCUCUCUCACCAAUCCCUUUGAUGGAUCCAAAAUCGACGCUGCGGUUCAGGUUGCCGGCGGAGAAGAUGUUGACCUCGCCGUAGCAGCUGCCGAAGUGGCGUUCAAGUCUGGGCCAUGGAGCACAUACACCGGCUCACAGCGUGCCAAAUGCAUGCUCAAAUUCGCUGAUCUGAUCGAAUCGAGCCUCCAGGAGCUGGCUGAGCUAGUUAUGGUCACUAUGGGUGCUCCUUUGGCCAUGGGACAUUUAAUGAUCCCAGCAGUAGCGCAAACCUUUAGAUAUUACGCUAGCUGGGCCGACAAGAUCGAAGGCGAAUCAUUUGCCGCAGAUGAUGGAACUUACAAAAUUGUCCGACAUGAACCGCUUGGUGUCUGCGCUGGAAUUGCGGCUUGGAAUGUCCCCCUCCUCUAUGUUGGCUGGAAGAUAGCGCCAGCCUUGGCCGCAGGGAAUACGUUUAUCUUCAAGUCUUCUGAAAAGUCGCCCUUGAGUGCUCUAGCCUUGGGCAAUUUGGUCAUCGAGGCCGGUUUCCCGCCAGGAGUUAUUCAAUUUAUUAGCGGAGGCAGCAAAACGGGUGCACUCCUCGCUUCGCACAUGAAAAUUUCCAAGAUCAGUUUCACCGGAUCAACCGUGACAGGAAGAAAGGUCCAGAAGUUGGCUUUGGAGAGUAACAUGAAAUCCUGUACCUUGGAGCUCGGAGUAAAGUCGCCGGCUUUGGUGUUCGAUGACGCUGAUAUUGCCAACGCUGUUGGCUCUACCGCAGAUGGAUUCUUCGCAAACUCUGCCCAAGUUUGCGUUGCUGGCUCUCGAUUGAUGGUCCAGGAAACCAUUGCUCCGGCCUUUAUCGAGGUGGUAAAAGAACGAUUCGCAGUCGCAUCCUCUGGUCUUGGUGCUGACCCCAAAGGUGGAACUUCCAUGCAUGGUCCUAUGGCCGAUGAGGCACAAUUUAAUCGCGUCAUGUCAUACAUCGACCCAGGUAAGAAGUUCACUGACCCUGUUGUCGGUGGUAAUCGAAAGGGCGACAAGGGUUUCUUCAUCGAGCCGACCUUAUUUGUAAACCCCGACCGCAAGGGAAAAGUUUUCAAUGAGGAAAUUUUCGGACCUGUUUUGAGCAUUGUAACGUUCAAGAUCGAGGAGGAAGCCAUCCAGAUGGCCAAUGACACAGUGACUGGUCUAUCCGCAAGCGUCUACACAUCAAACAUCACCCGUGCUCUACGAGUUGCUGCAAAGAUUGACUCUGGUACCGUUUCAAUAGAUGCCCCUCAUUUCCCAAGUCUGCAAGUGCCAUUUGGUGGCUUUAAAGAAAGCGGAAAUGGAAAAGAAUUGGGGAAAUAUGGUCUGCAGUCGUAUUUGAGGACCAAGACCGUCCUGAUCAACAUGAAACUGUAA